UAAAAUCCGGGAAAUUCUCGUUCAUAAGACGUUCAGUUUCAUUCUAAAUUGUACACUCAGUCAUGUCUAUCAAGCAGGUUGUUCGGGUGUUAUUUGUGGCGAUUUUGUCGUGUAUUUAUUCCAUUCUUGUUCUCAUAUCAUGUUUAUUCCGUCCAAAAUGGCUGUUUGGUGGAUUUUUUAAGAAGCCAAAGUCUGAUAAACCUCCUGAAUGCCUAAACGAUCCAGAUCUUGGAACCCAUGGCUAUGUACAUUUGGAGGAAGUUCGGAUCCACUAUGUGGCUGCUGGAACUGAAGGGAAGCCACUAAUGCUUUUGGUCCAUGGAUUCCCAGAGUUCUGGUAUUCGUGGCGAUUUCAGCUCAAAGAAUUCUCCAAAGAAUAUAGGGUUGUUGCUAUUGAUCAAAGAGGUUACGGAGACUCUGACAAGCCAAGUGGCAUUAUGAACUACUCAACCGACAAACUUAGUCAGGAUCUCAAACAGCUUAUUCCAGCUCUGGGCUACAGAGACUGUAUAUUGGUGGGACAUGAUUGGGGUGGUGCAGUAGUCUUCAACUUUGUCAACAAAUAUCCAGAGAUGGUGAAGAAAUUGAUUGUGAUGAAUGCCCCACAUGGUGCAGUAAUGGUGAAAGAAUUGCAGACCAGUCGCAAGCAGUUCCUCAUGUCUUGGUAUAUGUUUUUCUUUCAAAUGCCAUUUUUGCCUGAGUUCUGGUUGUCACAUAACAACUGUAGCAUGUUAGAAGUGAUGUUCAGAGGAAAAGAUGGGAAAAAACUCCAGCACUGUACUGAAGAAGACAUUGAGGCAUACAAGUACAAUUUUGCCAAGAAAGGAAAUGGAUUCACUGGUCCAUUGAACUACUACAGGGCAGCCCUGAGGAAAGAGGUUGACAAGAGUGUCUUCAAACCAAUAGAAGUUCCCACCCUCAUUGUCUGGGGGACGGAGGACCUGGCCUUGAACAGAAAGCUGCCAGAGCUCAGUAAGCAGUACAUCAAAGACUGCACCAUUAAGUAUAUCGAGGGAGCCAGCCAUUGGGUAACUAUGGACGGUUACGAGGAGGCAAAUAAGCACAUAUGGGAAUUUGUUAAGGCUUAGAUAAGUAUUGUUUGCCUUUAUGUUGAGAUGUGUGUGUAGGGUUUUACCCACACCAACCAUAUCAAACAAUGUGUUAAAAUGUAUUAGUGUUCUAGAGUUACUAUUUGAAUGUGAAUUACUAAUUAAAAUAAGUUUUAUAAUUACCGGUAAUUAGAAAAAAAUUACAUUAGACAUUUGAAGGUUUGGUGCUAGCAUUUCAUGUACAUUUUACCUUGAAAGAAGCUGAACUUCUGGGUUUAAAGUCACAGGAGUGGUCUAUGUCAAGAAAACCUUGUGCAACUAACCAGCUAGGGUACUUAAAUUUUAUAAAAUUGUUAAGAUCCCAUGUCCUAGAUAAUAAAACAAAGAUAAAUCAUAAUUGUUGUGAAUUUAGUCUUCCUGUUUCUUGUUUUCUUCUUGGGAAUAAUUUUAUGCAAUGUUAAUUAUCAUUAAAGCAUUGACAACUUGUAUAUGUAAAAUAAAAAGAAAGGACUGUUUCCUUUUCAUGUGACUUAUAUCCAUUUGUGAAAACAUGUAAAAUAUUGUUAUUAAAUAUUUUUAUAUGUAUGUACAUUUUAAAUUGUUGUUCUAGCGUUUUUAAAAUUUUUAUUUUAAACUUAUAGAAAUGUUGAUUUUUUUUAUGGGAAAUGAAAGACAUGAGACUUCCAUAUAUGUACAAAAUUGUACAUUGUAUUUCAGUUCAUGUACCAGUAUUUAUCAUAUAUAUUGCACAAUCACAUUUUAUUAACCCUUGCUGAUCAGGCACUAGUUGAACAAAUUUUUAGAAAUGUUAUAUAUAUAUGGUAUAACAUGCAGGAAACCUUCCCUCUUUAGACCUUUCUACCCUUUUUAUUGCAAAAAUGACAUCUACAUCCUCAUUUUGAUGGAACUUUAAAAAAAGGCAUACCGGUACGUCUUCAAUUUCUUUCUUUUUUGAUGGUAAAUUGUAUUUCUAUUUAAUCUGAGAUUGUGUCUAAAGAUGUAAAUAUUAUUUUUUUUCAAAUCACUUAUUGACAUAAAAUACCAGAAAUCGGAUAAAGUGUUGUGUCAAUCUAACUAUCAAUGAUUUGUAUUUACCAUUUUAUUUAUAAUCCAUGUUAUCUAGUCCCUUAGUGUAUAACCCUUUGUAGAAAUCUUGCUAGAAAUUUUUCAACAUUUCUUUGAAUUUAAGCAAAAUCUGUGUUGAUUUUACAUUGAUUUUUCAUGAAUUUACAUAAAGGUGCUGAAGCAUUAGCGUAUGUUUGUUAUUUUUGAUAAUGCAUUAGCAAAACUGGCUACAAUCAUAUUGUCAAAAUUGAUUAUAGCAGUAACAUUUUACUUUUGAGCCUUAAUUUACUUGAUUUCCAUGAAGAUUUUAAGCAUUGUUUAUCAAUUUGUUCAAGCUCUUAUCAACACUAUCUGACACUUUUUAAGAUGAACUAUUUGAAUGUUAUAAUAACUUUGUAAUAUCCUGUACUGGAGAGAAAAAUAAAUUGCUGAAGAUUUUUAUUC